CUUCCCAAGGCUCAGUUCAAUGUUCCCACCUUCGCUUUCAGCAACAAUUGAGAUUGAAGCUAAGAAGCUAAGAAGUAUCGGAUGAACCUCAAACGCUACCGUCAAGGAGCAUUACCUCACCUAUCAUGGCGGUGACACCCACACAAUUCGCGCGAACGACGCGGACGUCGGCCAAUUGGAGCGACGCAAAGCGACGAGUCCUGGCGGCUUAUCGGGAAUGGAUACGAGCGGCACCUGAAAUCCAGACCAUGUACUCGAUCCCCUUCCCGGUCUCCGUCAUCCGCACGCAAAUGCGACAGGAGUUCGAGCGCCACAGAUACGUCAACAAGCUACCGGUGAUCGAUGUGCUCCUCGUGAAGAACAACGCCGAAUAUCAGGAAACCAUGAACUACUGGAAGCAGACUACGCACGUCAUGUCUUACUUCCCCAGCGAACAUUUCCGAGGGGCCAACAGAUUGCCGAACAACUUCAUGCAGAGUUUCUUAGAGGGUCGCAACUAGAUAUGGGGUAUCGUCCCGCUGUAUUGUACAUAGCAAGACCCG